UCGACGCGCAGUUUGAGCGCGAGUUUGUGCCGCCUACGUCAUCAUAGUGGGACGCAUUUUGACUCGAUCGAAAGAAAGUAGCUAGCUAGCUAGCAAGCUGCGUUGUUUUCAAGAAUGGCAUCCUCAAAGAAGGGGAAGAAAAUUGUGAAUCAAGAGGAACUCCGCCGUCUGAUGAGGGCAAAACAAAGACAAACAACGGACAAGAAGCGCGUUGAGUCUCCUUUCGCUAAAUACAACAGUCUCGGGCACCUCAGUUGUGUCCUGUGCAAUGUGCAAGUUAAGUCCGAUCUUCUGUGGCCGGCGCAUGUUCUCGGAAAACCGCAUAAAGAGAAAGUUGUCGAGCUCAAGGAAGGAAAGAGUCAACCGGCGACACCACAGCCUCAACCGGCGAAAAGGAAAGCGCAGGGAAACGAGGACGCCAGCGGCAAACGGGUUAAACCGUCGUCGGGUGCGGGUCAGUCUGCGCCCCCGGGGCUGCCAGGAGAUUUCUUUGAGAAACCCAGCAAUAAGGGAACUGUUUCCACUGAGAAAUCCGCUGGCCUGAGUCUGUUGGCUGGAGUUUACGGUGAUGAUGACGAUGAUGCCACUGAGGCAGGUCCCGCAGGAACCACAGACCCCCCUCCUCAAAAGACGGACGCUGCGGGACUACCCGAUGAUUUCUUUGACAGCUCCAUCCCAUCCACACCCGCCAUCUCCCACUCGGGCUCCAUCCUGAAAGCAGACGUGCAGGAGAAGAGCGCGGAAAAGAAAGAAAACACCGCCGAGGCGCUGCCGGAGGGCUUCUUCGACGACCCCGUCCGGGACGCCAAGGUGCGCAAAGUCGACGCACCCAAAGAUCAUAUGGACAAGGAGUGGGAUGAGUUUCAGAAGGAGAUCCGACAGGUGAACACCAAAUCGGAAGCCAUCGUGGCGGAGGACGACGAGGAGGGCCGCUUUGAGCGACAGAUCGACGAGAUCGACGAACAGAUCGAGUGCUACAGGCGCGUGGAAGUCCUGAGGGACAAGCGAGACGUGGCGAGGAGCAAGGUCCGGCCCAGUGAGGAGGAACCUAUGGAGGUAGAUGGCAGCAAUGAUGAUGAUGAGGAGGAGGAAGAGGAGGUGGAUGAAGAGGUGCUGCUGGGGCUGUUGGCCCAGGACUGGAGGGCUAAAGGGGCACUGGCCUAAAUCUCUCUCUCAAGCUCAUUUAACCGCCACGUUGUGUCUCUGUCAAUUGUAAAUAUUCCUGUUAAAGCUUCCUCUCCACGUUCUUUCGUAUGUUUCAGAGUGGAAUAAAUGUGAUGUGCAGCGUUGAUGGAAACCAGUGUUCUCAGUUAAUGACGUAAAGAAACCAAACCUUU